ACCGAGCCACCAUGCCUACUUCUACCCUCUCGCCUCCUGCUCCGGCUCUGCGAAUCCUCCUUCUCGGUGCCGGAGGACGGGAGCACGCGCUGGCCCACCAUCUCCUCGCUUCCCCACGCGUCGAGCAGAUCUUCGUCGCCCCAGGAAACGGCGGUACGGCGACUCUGGACGCGAAGAGGUGCAAGAACAUCGAUGUACCUGCUGGUGUGAACGGAGACUGGAAGCAGAUCGUGCAGUGGUCUCGUGAGCAGCAGGUCAACUUCGUCGUGCCUGGACCCGAGCAGCCUUUGGUCGAUGGUGUGGAGCAGGCCUUCAGGGACGUCGGAAUCCCAGUCUUUGGUCCCUCGCCUCAUGCUGCUCAGAUGGAGGGCUCAAAGGCCUUCUCGAAAGACUUCAUGGCCAAGCACAGCAUCCCAACUGCUGACUACAAACACUUCUCGGCUUCCGAGAUCAGCGAGUGCCUUUCCUACAUCGAGUCGCUGGGUGGAGCUCAGGCUGUUGUGCUCAAGGCUAGCGGUCUGGCAGCUGGCAAGGGUGUCAUCCUUCCUGAGACCAAGGAGGAGGCAGAGUCUACCGUUCGAGACAUCCUCGAGAAGAAGAUCUUUGGAGAUGCCGGCUCCACGCUGCUCAUUGAGUCCCGACUGACUGGCCCUGAGCUCUCAGUCCUGCUCUUCUCAGAUGGAUACUCUCACGUGUCCCUCCCUGCUUGCCAGGAUCACAAGAGGAUCGGCGAGGGCGACACAGGACCCAACACUGGCGGUAUGGGAGCCUACUGCCCUGCUCCAGAAGCAACACCCGAGGUGGUUGCAGCCAUCGAGCGUGAUGUAGUAGAGCCUUCCAUCUCUGGUAUGAGGAAAGAUGGCUUCCCCUUCGUCGGUCUACUCUUCAUCGGUCUCAUGAUCACACCUCAAGGUCCAAAAGUGCUGGAAUACAAUGUGAGGUUCGGAGACCCGGAGACAGAGGCUGUGCUGGAACUGCUCGACCCUGCGGGCGCUUCUCUGGCAGACAUCAUGGUAGCCUGUGCUGAGAGGAGACUGGACAGUGUGGAUGUCAAGUACAAGAAGGGACACAGCGCUGUCAGCAUCGUCUUGGCAAGCGGUGGAUACCCAGGCAGCUAUCCCAAGGGCAAGAAGAUCACAGUGGGAAGCGUGCCAGAGGGAGUGAAAGUCUUCCACGCAGGAACUUCGCUUUCAUCAUCGAACGAGCUGGUGACAGCAGGUGGCAGGGUCAUUGCCGUCUCGGCCGCUGGUCCUACCCUUUUCGGAGCUCUUGAGCUGGCAUACAAGGGUGUUGACGCUGUGGACUUCGAAGGCAAAACCUUCAGGAGGGACAUUGCCCACCGAGCUCUGGCUCUGGCGUCGAAGUCGAAGCAGACCAACGGCGAAGGCUUCACAUACGCUUCUGCCGGUGUCUCGGUCACAAAUGGAAAUGACCUUGUAGACGCCAUCAAGCCGCUGGCUAAGUCUACACGACGACCUGGAUGUGAUGCCUCUCUAGGAGGCUUCGGUGGAGUCUUCGACCUGAAGGCAACGGGAUACAAGGACCCCGUGCUGGUCUCGGGUACUGAUGGUGUGGGAACAAAGCUCAAGGUAGCCAACGACGUCGGCCCACACGGCCAUGGUGGUGUUGGAAUCGACCUGGUCGCCAUGUCAGUCAACGACCUUCUAGUGCAAGGUGCUGAGCCCCUUUACUUCCUCGACUACUUCUCUACAUCACACCUCGAGGUGCCACUAGCGCGCUCAGUCAUCGCUGGAAUUGCUGAGGGAUGUCUGCAGGCUGGCUGUGCUCUCAUUGGAGGUGAGACUGCAGAGAUGCCAGGCAUGUACGCAGCGGGCGAGUACGAUCUUGCUGGCUUCGCAGUGGGAGCAGUGGAGAGGGAAGGUCUGCUACCCAGGAUGGACCUUAUCAAAGCUGGUGACGUGCUGAUGGGUCUCAGGUCAUCUGGCGUUCACUCGAACGGCUUCUCACUGGUGCGAAAGAUUGUUGCACACGCUGGACUGAGUCUGGACUCUGCUUGCCCUUGGAACAGUCAAGCUCCUUCGCUCGGCGAGGACCUACUGACACCUACUCGGAUCUACGUCAAGCCUCUGCUACCACUGCUGAGCGUGCCAGACUCUACUGGCAUCAAGGCUCUGUCGCACAUCACAGGUGGUGGCUUCACAGAGAAUGUUCCUCGUAUCCUGCCGCAACAUCUGGGAGUGUCAAUUGACCUUUCCAAGUGGGAGCUGCCCCCGGUCUUCCAAUGGCUGCAGAAGAAUGGACGCGUGGCAACAAAAGAGAUGUGUCGUACCUUCAAUUGCGGUGUAGGUAUGGUGUUGAUCGUCGAGGCAGACCGCGUGGAAGAGGUGAAGAGGGGUCUCAGCGAGCGCGGUGAGGAUCCCAUUGUGAUGGGUCGAGUUGAGUCCGAGGCGGGAGUGAGAUACCAGGGAGAGGACAGCUGGACGUCCUCGUGAGGAGCAGUGGCUGCCAAGCGUCGAUUUGUGUUCUAUUUCUUGUCCAGUGUUACCGAAAUGAUUUCCUUCUAGAAGACCAAAUGUUGC